CUACGAGUACGAGGACGAAGCGCGAAAGAGGCGAGGGGUGUAAGUCAGGUGUGCAUCAUUCUCUGGCGGUAGAGUUAUUUCGAGUAAAUUACCAUCGUCAUUCCAAGUGCAUCGUCGUCAAUAGUCGAGCCCGGUAGCUCGUGGAAUAUCCGGUUCCGUCACGGCGCCGCGACGCAUGUAAAGAGGAGCUGCGGCCAAAACGAUCGCGAAACGGCGAGGCGAGAAGAGGAGACGCGCGACGCGCGAGCGUUACUUGAACUGAACCCGGCUUCGUAACUGACCGACCGUCGUCCCGAUCGAUUCUCUUCGUCGACGCGACGCCUCUCGAGGCCUCUCAUCGUCCAUCCGCUCGCCUCGCAAUGGAAGCCCUGAUACCUGUAAUAAAUAAGCUGCAGGACGUGUUCAACACUGUCGGCGCUACCGUGCUGCAGCUGCCACAGAUCGUCGUGCUGGGCACGCAGAGUUCGGGAAAGUCAUCUGUAAUAGAAAGCUUAGUGGGUCGUUCUUUUCUGCCACGAGGGACUGGUAUUGUUACACGACGUCCAUUAAUACUGCAACUUGUAUAUACACCGAAAGAUGAUCGAGAGCACAGAAACGCGGAAAAUGGCACCCUGAACUUGGAGGAAUGGGGAAUGUUUUUGCACACAAAGAAUAAGAUUUACAAGGACUUCAACGAUAUUCGUAUGGAGAUCGAGGCUGAAACUGACAGAAUGGCUGGAGGGAACAAAGGGAUUUGUCCAGAACCAAUUAACCUUAAGAUAUAUUCAACAUCUGUUGUUAAUCUAACACUCAUAGACUUACCUGGUAUCACAAAAGUGCCAGUGGGUGAUCAGCCGGAGGAUAUUGAGGCUCAGAUACGUGAGCUUGUAUUGAAGUACAUAUGUAGUCCUAACUCAAUAAUCUUAGCAGUUGUCACUGCCAAUACCGACAUGGCUACAAGUGAGAGUUUGAAGCUUAGUAAGGACGUCGAUCCAGACGGCAGACGAACAUUGGCAGUUGUUACAAAAUUGGAUCUUAUGGAUGCUGGAACUGAUGCCAUAGAUAUUCUAUGUGGCAGAGUUAUCCCAGUAAAACUGGGUAUUAUAGGUGUAGUUAAUCGUUCUCAACAAGAUAUAAUGAAUAACAAAAGUAUUCAGGAAGCAUUGAAGGAUGAGGCCACAUUCUUGCAACGUAAAUAUCCAACAUUGGCUAACAGAAACGGCACUCCUUACUUAGCAAAAACGCUUAAUCGUUUACUUAUGCAACAUAUUAGGGAUUGUUUGCCGGAGUUGAAGAACAGAGUGAAUACGAUGAUAGCGCAGUAUCAAACCCUGCUCAAUUCCUAUGGCGGCGAUGUCGAGGACAAAAGUCAAACCUUGCUGCAGAUCAUCACAAAAUUUGCGAACAGCUAUUGUUGUACGAUAGAAGGGACAGCGAGAAACAUAGAAACUACUGAACUAUGCGGUGGCGCUCGCAUUUGCUACAUAUUUCAUGAGACAUUUGGCAAAACGCUCGAUUCGAUUAAUCCACUGGCGGACCUUAGUAAAGUGGAUAUAUUGACCGCUAUACGCAAUGCAACUGGUCCGAGACCAGCUCUCUUUGUACCGGAAGUUUCCUUUGAACUACUAGUUAAACGGCAAAUACGAAAGUUGGAAGAUCCUUCGUUACGGUGUGUUGAACUCGUGCAUGAAGAAAUGCAAAGUAUAAUACAACAUUGUGGUACUGAAGUGCAACAAGAAAUGCUGCGUUUCCCUAAACUGCAUGAACGUAUCGUCGAUGUUGUUACACAAUUGCUACGUAGACGACUCCCACAUACUAAUGCAAUGGUAGAAAACUUGGUUGCGAUAGAAUUGGCAUACAUUAACACUAAGCAUCCUGACUUUCACAAGGAUGCAGCAUUUGUGUCGUCUUUAUUGAAGGAUGCUGAUGUAGAUCAUCUGAAGCACAACAAACGGUUAACUUCAGCAUCCAGCACUAUAAUUACUAAUGACACAGGUGUGUACUCAAAUUUUGCAAAAGAAUUCUCUGAAAAUUCCCGGUUUUUCCAGGAAUUUUAUUCAAAAUUUCAGAGUGUAAAAUCAGUCAAUAAUCAAGACGAGAUGAACUCUGUUUCCAAUCAGACUAAGGAACAACAAGGACAGCAAAAUCACUGGCUGCUAAGUAAUUUGCUACUCCAAGGAAGAACAGAUUCUACUAGUUCCGCGGAUGGCUCUCCGGUCAGAAUGCGUGAAAACAAUACACAUCCAGCGAUCGAACUACAGAAAGCAUCCCCGCAACAAAAACCAGUAAAUCUGCUUCCUGCUGUACCAAUACAAACGUCACGAAAACUUAGCGAUCGCGAGCAACGGGAUUGUGAUAUUAUCGAAAGACUCAUAAGGUCAUAUUUUUAUAUUGUACGAAAGUCCAUUCAGGAUAGUGUACCAAAGGCUGUUAUGCAUUUCCUAGUCAACUACGUGAAAGAUAAUUUACAAAGCGAGCUUGUCACACAUUUGUACAAAUCGGAUCAGGCUGAGGCCUUGUUGAUUGAGAGCGAACACAUUGCUGUUAGGCGCAAAGAAACAGCGGACAUGCUUAAGGCAUUGACUCAAGCGGGUCACAUCAUUAGUGAAAUUAGAGAGACGCAUAUGUGGUAAUCAAAGCCUAAGCCUUUACAUCGCCAGAUUCUAGUUGAAUUUAGGUAUUUCAUCUCUUAGUUUUAAUGAACUGAGUUGAAGGAUGUACUUUACUAAUGUAUAUGAUGAAUCAAUGUACAUAAUUCUUAUCUUUCUCACGCAAGUAAGGUAUACGUAUUGCUAUUGGAGACGCAAUGGUCCUAAUACAUUACGUUACCCAGUUUUACAGUGUGAGCAUGCAAGGGGCAUAAUAUCGUAUAUAAAACGCGUGUUCAUGCAACCGUAUCAUUUGAUUCACGUGAUGUAAUUUGAGCUCGAUCUUUUACUCUCGGCGUUCUAUAGAAUAUAGGCGUUCUAUAUAUGUGUAUGCUGAUCUAUUGUACGAAAAUCAAUUCUUAAAUAAUUUGUUUUGUAUUAUUUUACCACCGGGAAUUAUAUGUUUCUGAAGUACUUAGUUUAAUCUGCAUUGUCUCGCGUUACAGCGUGUCUCGCGUUACAGCGACUGUUAACAAGAAUGCAAUCAAAGAUCAUUGUUCCAUGUAUUUUCUAGUUUAGCAGUUUGCAUACAAUUUUUUUCUAGAAUAGAAAACUAGAAGUGUCUAUUCUUAGUGAAUUGCGUUUUUCACAAUGCUGUAGAAUAAAUAUUGAAAUAAGUGUUUCACUACUGUAAGCAAUUGUUAUAAACCGAUUAUUACACGGAAAUAGAGCCAAGAGAAUUGUAACAUUGGA